UAUUUUAUGGCAAUAGAUCAACUUAUUGAAAAUGUUUCCGCUUAUCGGAGACGGCCUAUUUUUAUGCAUGCUUUUAUUACUCCUUUUUUGGUCUUUCACGCUUGUUGGCUAGGUUUUUGGCAAAAUCUGGGUUUUGAAGAUUAUUGGGAAUUUGGCUGUAUAAUUUUUGUUGGAAUAUUAAUUUUACAGGCUUUAACUGCACUUUUUUGUUAUUGGUUUGUUGAAGUUGAUUCUUUUUUAAAUUGUGUAAAAGUAAAUAAUCUUGUAAAUGAUGCACAAUUAGUUAAAGUUAAACCGACACCAAAUAAUGGAUGGACUGAAUUUGUCCCUCUUAUUAGAACAAAGCUUCCCAAUGACCAUUUACGUUUAUCUUUUUGUUUUCAAAAAAUUCAUUAUAAAUAUAAUGAAGAAUUGGGAGAGUUCAAGGCAAUUACCUUCAAUACAAAUUUGCCUUUUCGAAUAUUUCAAGAUUGGAAGGGAAUUGAAAAUGAGGAUAAAGUUAAGGAAAUAGAGCUUGAAUAUGGGAAUAAUAAAGUUGAAAUGGAAGUCCCCAAAUUUGCUGAAUUAUUUACUGAAAGAGCUACUGCGCCCUUUUUUAUUUUUCAAGUAUUUUGUGUUGGAUUAUGGUGUUUAGGUAUAUUUUUAUUUUUUUAUUUAUUUUUUUUUAAUUUUGAAUGA